AAAUUUGAGGAAAGUGUACAUUAUUUUCAAGGGGAACACAUUCAGUGUUAUAUCCUACCUGCUUUUAAACUAUAUUUCAAUGAGUUGAUAUAACUGCAGAAUGAUUUUAAACCACCUUAUAAAAUACUCGAUAAUUUGUAUUCUUUUCAAUCAGAUGAAGUUUUCUGGAUUACCAAAUUGUGGAGGGGCAAACGGAUCAGUUUGUUGCGUUGGAUACGCUUGGAAUAAACUUCUAAAGAAAUGUACACCGUGCGAUAUCGGGUUCCAUGGACCUAACUGCUCUAGGCCCUGUCCGUAUCCAGCAUUUGGGAAGGACUGUCGGUUUAUUUGUAACUGCAGUAUACAUUAUUGUCAUCGUCAGCAUGGUUGUGGAGAAUGUGAAAAAGUUUGUGAAGCUGGUCUGUACGGAUGUAACUGUGAAAACCCUUGCCAAUAUCCAACCUAUGGAGAAGAAUGUCAACAAAAUUGUGAAUGCGAACAGCAACUGUGUAAUUCGACAACGGGGUGCAAAGACAACAAUGGAACUAAAGUAGCAUCCACAUCAACAACUGUAAAGAAUAUCCAAGUUAAUGAGCACACAGUAGCUGUUGAACCUUCCACACUAAGAAGUACAGAUUCGUCAUCACCUGUAAGUCCGUUAACGAUAACCGACACGUAUCCAUUGAAUAAAGCUGAUGAACAUUUAAAUGAACUAGAUGUAGAGAGUAACUCUUGUAGUGGAUAGACGACCACUGAUAAAGGGAAACACAGCAACUUUGCAAUAUGCCAUUCUUGGACUUGGAGUGGUCUGUUGUGUAUUUCAGAUCUUCUACAUAGGACUAUGCAUUGUUGUCCACAGAUAUAGACCGAAAUUUAGGAAUAAACACGGACACGAAAGACAAAUGGGUGUCUAAAUUGGUGUCUAAAUUGAAAGGGAAACAAUCAUAAGGAAGUUGCGGAAACUGUUUCAAUGACAUAUUCACGAUAUAUGAUGCAUUUCUCAUAAAGUUUGAAAACACGGAAAUCAUCAAAUUGAACGCUACGUGGACUUUACACAUGCUUUCUAGAUGACAAAAUUAAAACUAUUUCGCAUAUCAGUAUUCAUUUGUUGCGCUCGCCUAUCACUACAUAACUAAUAGUAAGACACAGUCAGUAAUUCAGAAAAAAGUUUGAUAUUAAACCUUAAUAUAAACAAUGCAAUUCUAUUAAAAUCAUCUUAAAAGACAAAGACAACAUUCAUAAAGCACUCUCAAGGUUACAUAUGUUUAGAUUUAACGUGUUGUUACGUCGAAUCAUAUUCGGGAAAUAGUGUCUUUAGAAUGACUCUAAACAAGAACUUUAACAUUGAAAAUGGAGACAUGCGUCCAUUGAGUCGAAAAACAGGAAAGCGAAAUGGAAUUCUUUAAAGGUAUGGAUUGACGUCAUAUUCUAUACUCAGCUGUUUUGCGGUGUCAAAUAACAUCACUGGUAAACAAUCCUUCAAAAUUAUUAUUUGAGUAUGUACAUGAUGAUAUUUACAUUCCCUAAACCAUAUAAAGAUCUGGGUAUAUCAGUGAAGAAAAAGGUUAACGAGGUUUUGUGUGUGUGUGCUUGAAGCAGCAGAUGAAAUAACAAGAUUCAUUUCUGUUACGAAAUAAAUACAGUUAUCAUAUUGAUGGUUAAUGUUGCGCCUAAGAUUUAAUGCUCGUAAUGUCAUACUGUAAACAACACUAUUGCUGUUGAAGUUUGACGUCACAGUAUUUGUAUCAGUUGGAUUGAGAAGUGGGUGUAUUUUUCCUGUAUCUAAAACAUUUAUGUAACUUUUAAUUUUGGGAAUGUUAUAUCCCGUUGUUUUUAUAAGUCAAUAGAAUUGAUGUGUAUACCAUAUCAUUUCAAAAUGUAAACAUACUCAUAUACCUAUAUUGUCAAUUGCUUAGUAUCAAUAACUUUAUACAUUUUAUUUUGUUUUUCUACAUCAGAAUUUACAAUGUUUAUAUUUUACUAUUUCAACAAUAUAUAACCUCGACAAAAGUCACAUUCCAUUGACCAAGGGGGAAGGCAUUGAAGAAUAAACGCAAAUUCACUGGGAGGACAGGUUGCCGGGCGUGAACAAAAUGUGUCAAAGGAGUAGAACACAGCGCCACCUCAAGAACCGGAUCCUGGGACAAACAAGCAUAACCAUCGUGCAUGAGCGUUCGCCCCGCAUGUGGAAGGCCGGGGUUCGAAUUUCGGCCGCGACAGACCAACGUCGUUACAACAGGUAGUGGCAGUUCCAUCAACAAACGCUCGGCAUCAGGUGUGAAUGUCACGGGUCCUUGGAGAUGACCUUAAAAACGGAUGCCCUGUGUCACAGUAGGUGUGACACGCUAAAGAACCCUCGUUGUUCAAUGACCGUAAGCGCCGAAUAUAGUCCUAAAUUUAAAGUCCUUCACCGGUCUUGGUGACCUCUGCAUAUUUGAACAGCAGGCAACGGAAACAUCGAAAAAGCAACGCGUAAAUAUGGUGUUAUGUGCGGCCCCAAACUGCAAUGUUCAAAAUGGACAGGGAUUAGCAAUGUUCAAUUUCCCUACAGACACAAAGAAUUUUGAAGUUUGGGUAAGAACAUUAAGAACAGUGGAUUAUUGGCCGUCGAACACUCCAAGCUGUGCGAACGUCAUUUUACAGAGGAUUGUUUCGUAGUUGAGCCGUUUAAGGCACGGUCUUUGGGCUACUCAAGACUGCAACUAAAGAUAGAGGCAAUUCCAACUGUAUUCAAUUACACGCCGUUACAUGUACCUAAAGACCAAAAACGGAAAACGGAUUCAGACCCUCCCCUUCCAAAACAAAAAAGCAGAACCUCCAGAGCUGUGGAGAAAAGAGGAACCAUGAACGUAUGUUUCAAUAUAGAUCAUAUUAAACAUAUUGGCUAUUUUAUUGACAUUAAUACAGUAAUAACUCGGUUCAUUUUAUUUGUUCUUUACACACAACCUUACUACCACGGAAUUCUUUUAAAAGGACUACAGUUUACUUUUAUCACCCCCCCCCCCCCUUUGCCAGUCACACGAGUCGUUCUUCACCGAAACUUACUUUUAUUAAUGUG